CCAGUUUAUUAGUUAUUUUGUAACUAUUCCGUGCUACCACAUUAUUAUUAUUAUUGAAUUUAAUCUCCCCGUUGUACUCUUUACUAUAAAUCUAAUUCAACGAUGGCUUCCAACCAGGAAAUUGUUGAUCAAUCUUCAUCCAAUAUUGAUGUGAUGGUGGUUCCCGAAUCCCCUGACGUGGCCCCUAACUCGCCRUCACUGAUUGGAGGACUAACGAACGAUCAGGCCGCAGGAACGAGUACUGGCGAUGCUGGAACGAGUAAAAAGGAUGAGCAGCCUGCUAGAAAAAGAAUCCGUAUCGAUCUCGAUGAAGAUUCGGAAGAGGAAGGAGAGGAAGAUGAAGAAAGCAAAAAAGAUCUGGAAGAUUUGGUUAAAACUAUUGAUUCAUCCGUUGAAAAGAUGAAAAGGGCGUUUAGCGGUAGUGUUAUGAAAAUGGAUGCACUUUUGGAAACUAUAAAUAAAUGUUAUAAGAUUUCCGAAAAAGGAUUUAAAAAUAUAGAACUUAUGAGAAAAACAAUAUUGGGGAAAGAUAUUGAUGGCCAGGAUUAUAUGAUAGAUUUACAACAUGCUUUAGAUGAAGCAAAUUGUUUGAUUGAUUCGGAGAGAGAUGAAUUUUUCUUAGAUUUAACCUACAUUUACGAUGGUUACUGAUUGACAAUGGGUUUUUUAUUUGAUUGUUUAUUGAUUUCCGUCCAUUUUUCUACUUUAGCUUAACAACUACACUAAGAGCAAGAUCACAGCUCUAAUCUGCAAUCUUCAUAUGCAUCAAAUAUUCACCAAAAUAUAUAAUCUUAUACAAAUCUCAUUAUUAGAGAACGAAAUCGUAAUAGAACCCCUCGGUAGACCAAAACAUCGAUUACGAACAAUUCUAAGAGGACCCGUAGUAGAUCUUGAAAAAAUUGAAUCCAAAAUCCGAUUGGAUAGGCAAUCCUUAAUAGCUGUUGUUCCUCAUGAUUUUGAAACUCGGGUWAUAACUAUUCCUUGAAUUAUCUUUCGUUGUUGUUUUUUAGACGUGUUUUAUUUGUCUGGACGAUAAUCAAGAGACGUAUGAUGCUAGGUCAAACAAACCCAAAACUAUGUCCUCGUUGCAGGCAAACUUUUUCAUUAAAGUAUUAUGCCCCUGUUACAGCUCAAUUUCUUGAACGAAUUCGUCAUAGCCGUUUAAAUGUUUAUGAGCCUUUUAUCUUGCUAAUGAAAUAUCACAUUUCUGAUUUGAUAUUUUG